GGUCGAGCCAGGAAAAGGGGUGGGGCUACGCGCACAGUCGCGCGGACGGUGGGAACGGUCUGAGGCCCAUGUGGAGCGGCAGCAGUAGCAGCCUGACUGCCACUUCUGGAUCGAGGUCUUGGGCCCUUAGCAGCUAUGAAGGGUAGCCGGAUCGAGCUGGGUGAUGUGACGCCACACAACAUUAAGCAGUUGAAGAGGUUAAACCAAGUCAUCUUUCCUGUCAGCUACAACGACAAGUUCUACAAGGAUGUGUUAGAGGUUGGCGAGCUUGCCAAACUGGCCUAUUUCAAUGAUAUUGCCGUGGGCGCAGUGUGCUGUAGAGUAGAUCAUUCUCAGAAUCAGAAAAGACUGUACAUCAUGACACUUGGAUGUCUGGCCCCUUACCGAAGGUUGGGAAUAGGAACUAAAAUGUUGAAUCAUGUGUUAAACAUCUGUGAAAAAGAUGGCACCUUUGAUAAUAUCUAUCUGCAUGUCCAGAUUAGCAACGAGUCAGCAAUUGAUUUCUACCGAAAAUUUGGAUUUGAGAUCAUUGAAACAAAGAAGAACUACUACAAAAGGAUAGAACCAGCAGAUGCACAUGUGCUGCAGAAAAGCCUCAAAGUCCCCUGUCUUGGCCAGAACACAGAUAUACAAAAAUCUGACAACUGAACAAAACCCAGGAAACCCUUUCUUGCACUUUCUUGUCACCAAAUAAGGAAAGAAGGCCUGGAGUCUUUGGUUUUUUUGUUUCCUUUUUCCUAAUACGUGCUGUACCCUGUCCAACAAAUUAAUAACUUCCUAAGGAUUGUCAAAUUGUGUGUUUUUAUUUUAUAUCUCUACUUUGCAUUCUUUGGGAUAAAAAUAGUACUCAGUUUUAAUGGGGGAGGGAGGGGAGGCUUCAUAUGGUCUUCCAGAGGUCAGGAUUUUUUUCAGCAUGUGUGAUCCUUCUGCAUUCCCAAUGAAGGACAGAGUUUAAGCAAUACCUUGCACCAGUGCCAUAUUGCUUUUCCAGUUUGGAGGUUAUUUCUCUAGUUCUGAACUUGAUUUAGCAGGUUUGGCCUUAUUGAUCUUUGGAACAUGUACAGACAUCAGUCUUGUAGGUGGUUUAUUUGUACUGAGUUUUACGGCCAGCCGAUGUCAUGUUCCUUAACAGGUGUAGGUGACAAUCCAAACGGGUUCUACCAUCUUUCCCUCUCCCUCUCAUUAUAUAGGAUUCAUGGGGAAAGGUGAACAUGCCUUGGCUCUGGCACAGUGGAGGAACAAAACAUUUAAUGUUGCUAAAGAAGGUGACUAUUUAAAAAAAAAAAAAAGUAAGCUUUGUUCUGAAAAUGGCUCUGCUGGUUUGCUGAUAUUAUUCUCUUCCUGAGACAGAAGACGGUUAAAACUGUAUUUUUCUUACACAUCUAAAGACAUAACUCUCAUCUUUUAAAAAAGAGUGUUGUAGAACACCAAGAAGCAUGGCUUAUUGGGGGAGCAUUGUAAAGAUCCGGCAAAUGACUGGCUUUCUCCUAAUGUCAUAUGAGAACUGUAGCCGACUUUGCUGAUCUCUUGCUUUGUCUUUUGUUCUGCUCUUGUUUGCAACUUCAGUUUGGGCUUCUGGCAUUCAGUACUACAAUGCCAGAUUCAGUUUAUUCUUUUCAUUUGGGGAAAUGUAGCCAGUUGCAGUGGGAGGAUUCUGCCCUAUCACCUAAAUCAAUAUUAAAAUGUAUUUCUUUUCUGUUUUUGAA